CGUGCGCUUCGAAGGAGCACCAGUCCGCGCGCAACCACCGUAGACAACGUACGUGUCCACCCGCGUGUUAAACAUAAUCAACUCGUCCGCUUCAGCGGAGUGACAGUGUUCCCAGAGUGUAAGGGUGGUCGGCGCAACGGAGGCGGUGCAAGGAAUGUUGAUGGCGGGCGCUUUGCCGGCCGAGCCUGAAGGGCUACUGGCGUUGGGCUCGCUGCCCGGCCAGAAAGACACUACCUGGACAAAAUUGUUCGUUGGUGGGCUACCAUAUCACACGACAGACAAAAGCUUAAGAGAACAUUUCGCGGUGUACGGGGAUAUCGAGGAAGCGGUUGUUAUCACAGACAGACAGACGAGCAAAAGCAGAGGAUAUGGAUUUGUAAUCAUGGGAGACCGGGCGGCUGCGGAGAGAGCGUGCAAGGACCCAAACCCGAUCAUAGAUGGAAGGAAGGCUAAUGUUAAUCUGGCAAUCCUAGGGGCUAAGCCGAGAGGAAAUUUGGCGCCAGGUUUUGGAUUAGCUGCAGCAGCCGCGGCAGGUGUCCGCGCAGGUUACCCAACAGUUUUACCUGCUCACUACGGGUUGUCGCCGGGCUACGUGUACGGUACUCCCAGUUAUAUGGGGACGGUUGGAGGCAUGAGCGCGGGCGUGGGCGCGGGGGCAGGAGGGCUGGUGCAGCUGCCGCAGUUGCAGCACGCCGCGGCGGUGGCGGCUGCCAAUCACCUGUACGAGUACCAAGCGGCCGCCGCACAGGGCGCCGCGGCCUACCAACAGCAAUAUGCCGCUGCUGGAUUCGAUCCAUACGCUACUGCUGCCGCAGCUGCAGCAGCCGCGAACAGCGCCGGGUACAUGUCACCCUACUACACACUGCAGGGCGGCGGCGUGCAGGCCCCCCUCCUCCCACCCCUCCCCUACCCCCCACCUCUACAAGAAGCACGCAUGCAGUAACAAACACUGCAACGCAUCUCGGUAAUGCGCUAAUAUACCUAAUCUCGAGUCCUACAUAACUUUUUUACUCGAAGCAAAUGUAUAUAUAAAAGGAAACAUCACUAUGGAUUUGCGUUACCAUAAAGCCAAAAAUUAUUUCGACCAGUUAAUUAACCAAAAAUGUUUAGCGUGACCAAAGCGAACCUUUAGGAUUAGAGGCUUAAGUGAACGGUGAUGGUAUUAAAAAUAUUAUACAACAAAAUAAUAUAAUGUACGAAGUAAAAUAUCAGUUGUAGCUGACAACUAUGUGAGGCAUGCCCUAGUCCGAGACUAGGUGAAGCCAUAGUAAACGCAGUGUCCAGUCUUGUAUGAUGAACAUUUUUGCAUGGUUGCCAGCUUAAAAUAAUUUUACUUAAUCUUCUACCUACAUGUUUAUAAUUCUUGCCACAUUAUUUUUACUUCCAGUUACUUUCAUUAUAAUGAAACAUAUUUUUUUACUAGUAUGUUUAUAAAAUUCCGUGUCGAAUAUAACUAGUUAGACCCAGCGCGCACGAGCAACUUUGUCUCCGCAACUAUUUUGUCUCUCCCAUCAAAUGUAUGGGGAGUUGCGUCGCUACGUGCGCGCACUUUUAUACUAGCCCAUGGGUGGGAGAGACAAAAUAGUUGCGGAGACAAAGUUGCUCGUGCGCGCUACCUCUUAGAAUCAGAAUGGGGCGAAAGCUGUUUCAUGACAAUAACGAAAACAUCAAUAUUGCUCAUUAUUAUUGCGAGAGAUGUCUCAUUUAUCUAAGUAUUUGUAGUAUUAAAGUAUAUUUCUUCAAUUUAUUUAGCGAAUACUAACAUCAUUGAUAAAACGCAGGGUCAUAGUAUCUCCAUCUAGGUUUCUAGAAUAUAAAUUUAUAGUCUAUCGUCUCUUCCAAAUUAUUUUCUUUAUAAACUUGAUAGUAUACCUACUUGCGAAGAGUUCCUAAUAUGUGGUAUUAACUUCACGCUACUUUACGAUAAAAUAUAUCAAAUUGUGCUCUCUUAAAACUCGAUGGGCGAUUUCAGAUGUUGCAGGUAAAAAGGUUUUUAAAGCAAUAUUGAAUAAUUUUCCGUAAGAUCUGUGUAUUUUAUUAGAUACAUAAUGGGGUAAUUGUGGAUGUGUAAGUGUAUGCUUAAAUUAUAAUGCUAUAUAAGCAAAAAUUUAUCUUCUUUAGUUCUCUAAACAUGUCCAUGUUGCUCAAUGUGUCCUAAAAUGGACUUGAUUUAGCUUAAGAUUGGAGAUCCAAGGGCUUUUACGUAAAAUUAGCAAAAGUACUUAUUCUUAAUUUAUGUGUAACAUACGCAGCCCUACUAAUUUUAUCUCCAAAGCGGUAUAGGGUACUUAAUAGUUAGAAUAAUUCAAUUACUAGUCCACGUAAUAUUAAUUAUAAUGAAAUCUUGACAAUCGCCAGUCGUAUUUUCACUAAGCAUAAUUUUAAAAUUAUUUCUUCAACUUAUCAAAAAUUAAAUUUGUCUUGCGUAUUGUGGUACGCAGGAUUGUCCACAGAGUAAUAAGAAAUGUCACUGUGACAUUGAUCGGACGAAUAUUAAUUUAAUUAGAGCAUUACGUAUGUAGUAAAAAUAUGUAAUUAAUUAACACAUAAGCGGCUGGCGUUUUAGUACAAGUUAAGGACACUAGACGGAAUAGAUUAUUUUAGUACGUAAGUUUAAUUUUAGUUUAAAUAUGCUGUUAUUCGUAAUUUAUUUUGUUGAUAUUUGUAAAUCUACAUGUUGAUAACUAUUUAUUAUGUGAAAGAGGAAUAAAAAUUGUUAAAUAUUUAUGAGCCGAAUUGAAUUUCUUAUGGCGUAUGUCAGUUAGUAAUAAUUCGGUUCGAUAUAUUGAAUUAAACACAUAAAACUUUAAAUAAGUAGACAUAAAAAUGUACCAAAUAGAACAUUGUAUGUAAGCCAUAAAUUGGCCAUCUUGCCUUAUGCACAUAGAGUAUAAUUAAUAGUUAAAAAAAAUAUAUGUACUAAAUAUAUUACACAUAUCAUCAAAUCAGAUUAUGUAUGAUACAAUUCGGUGGCAACUCACCGUGCAGUCCAUAAUAGUGCAUUUCAUUCGCAGUAAUUAUAAGCACAAUUAUUUAUGUAUAACAUACUUAAAUGAAUGUGAAUUCAUAAUAAAUACCUAAUAAUUGUUAAAAAUAAUUUAAAAAUUAUACUAUAAUGUACUUAAUUUAGGAUAUUGUAAAAUGGAAAAUAAUUUUUUAAGGUACAA